AAAUAAUAAUUAACUAUAACCCGAUAGUAAAAGCGGUGAACGAUAGUAAAAUUGUAAUAAAUAACGAAUAAUUAUUAAAUAAUCAAUAUAUUUCAUUUUUUUCAAUAAAAAGUUGUCAUCAGAUCAAACUGGCAACCAAAAGAUUCAGAUAUUCUGAUAUUCUCGAUAGCAUAGGCAAUAAGCGAAUAAAUGAAAAUUGUAACAGGAUACUGUUUCAAAUAGCUAAGAUAAAUAAAUUAUGCAUAAGUCCAGAAAAACCGUUACAAAUUAAGCUGCGGCAGCUGAAAAGCUGAGGUAACUCAAAUUAAGUACAGCAAGCAGAACUGAACCCAGCACAUAGCUUUUAUUAUAUCCUUCGUUAUCUAAAUCUUGAGAAAGAAGUUACGUUUACUUAUAAUCAAGUCAGUUUUUUGCUAAGUAUGACAAGAGAUAUGAGGCAGUCCUAGGUGCAGGAAUUGAGUAUGAGGUAGUAUCUAUCGGUAGCUGAAGCACAGGCGGAUACGACGAAUAGGACGAAGGCAAGAAACUUAACAAUCAUUAAGUAAAUCCUUGUAUAUGAAGCAUGCAAAAGGUCGUGGGCUAUUCUUGGCCAAUAUUUACAUGGAGAGUUAGAGACUGCCUAAACGACCUCCUCAUCCCAGUUAGCAGGGACCGUGGACAGUGUAUUUUGACCCGUUACGUCUGUCAAAAUACACAAAUCAGAGCCGGGAUCUACUGCACACCUCAUUACGAUAUACAUCCCAUACACAGACUGACCCCGCAAAGCUUUGCUUAGUUACACCUGUAGUGCUGGCGGUCUACCCGUGCAGCUGUUAGCACAAACCGUCUAGAGUGGAGUGGAGAGUCAGGCAGAUGUUUAAAAUGUAUUAAGUUGUAACGUUGUAGCGAAUCCUCUUUCGUCGUGGGUGAAAUUGAAGCCGGUGCCCACAGAGUCCAAGAAUUAUAGAAAUGAGAGAUUUUAAUAUAAAGGUCGCAACUGUUCUACGGGGAAAUUAUAGGUACGUCUUAAAUGAAAUGGUGUUUGAAAUCACACACCUAAGGUCGGUCUUGUCAAGUUUUUCUAUGAACAAAACACGACGUCAUGUACAGAGAAAUACUUUACAAUACUGCAAUGAAUGAAAAAGACUUGGGAACUAUGAAUAUUUUCAUAGCUAAACAUGUUCAAACCGAUACCAUCGUUCCAAAGAAAUAUUAAACUGUAUCUAGUAAAAUGGCCGAAAGUCCCGACUUUAGGUAGAAAACCCAAAUAACAAAUAGGAAAUUUUCGUUAACUCAUCUGUUGUUUUGUGGUCAGGCAAAUCAUUACUGACUAAAGUAAAAAAAUAGCUUAAAUGAUUAAUCAUCGUCAUCCUAGCCUUUUCCCAACUAUGAUAGGGUCGGAUUCCAGUCCAAACGGACGCAGCUAAGUACCAGUUUUUUACAAGGAGCGAAUUCUAACCUUCUCAUCCCAUUUACCUGAAGAACACGAUGUCCUUUAAUCGGACUGGUUGUCAGACAUUCUAGCUUCUGACGAACAACAAGAGUUUUUUUCUAGUCUAUUUACACGGAGUAGGUAUAGUAGAUAGGUAGUGGACUAUGCAAUAGUCGGACUCGCAUUUUCCAGUUAUUUACGUUAAAGGCCCAGUUUAACAAGAUUUUUCUGGAGUUUAGGGUAAAGUGGAGUAGCUUAUGUAGUAUCCAUGUACCUAUAUAAAAAUAAACAUUCAUGACGCAAGAUAAACUUUCGUUUGAGUAAAAAAACAUGAUUCAGGGAAACGUGUAUUAUUUGAAGGCUUAUCUUUCCGCACUAUGUGAAAAAUGUUAACUGAAGCUAAUUGCCAAUGUAUUUCAGUUUGCCUAUAUACCUUUAGGUAUUGUAUUCAAGUGUAAUAGGAAUGUAGGGAUCUACCAUGAAUAACCCAGAACUAACAAAGCUUGUUAUUGUUCUAAAAGAGACCAAAUAUAACAUAGCUUGUGAAAAACAUGUUACCAUGAGUAGGUUCCAACCGAGACUACAAACUUCUGUGGUUUCUGUGGUUAGAUAUUAUUAAAAGCAUAAUAUAAUACACAGACAGUUUUUUUUGUGGGAAUAAAUAGUAGGUAAGGUUAUUUAUUAAUUUAAUCACAAUACUACGUAGGUAGAAAUUAACGUAAAACACUCUCUUCGCCACCUAGCUCAAUGCAAACAUAGCUGUGUUAUUGACCGAUUUUAAUUCUAGAAAAUUAAUUAUUUAUUGUCAAAAGAGAAAGCAAGAUAUAACACAGGAUGUCGCAAAAUAAAAAUAUUAGUCUCUAAAGUUAGUUACUGCAUUUAAUUAAAAGGUACUUUAAUGGUUUAGAUUUAGAUAGAAGUUAAGCCACAGUAUUUUACUACAUAUAUGACGGGUGGCUGUUUUUUUUGGAAAUUUGUGUCCUUUAUCCUUUUUUUUCUCAACCCCCAGAAUCACGAGCCCCUCUUGCAUGUGACCAUCAUCGGCCUAACCUAGAAAUAACACUUGUUUUAUUCUCAUUUAAGGAGUACAUUUUCUGAAAAGGAUUUAAAUAAACUUAGCUAGCUUGCCCGCGAUAGGUCGUUUAAACAUAAAGAUUUAAUGCAUUUGUUUAUGUGCCAUAAAAUUAAGUACUUUCUUUUAUUGAUUACAUAGCAUCUGUUCGUAACAUAGGAAGUAUUUUCAGAUGCAAGUUUUUAAAAAUGCGUGUUUCAGAAUGAUUUUCUAGGUGUUGAUAGUCUUUCGAUUAAACAGAUGCAUUUUCACGAGUUUCCAUAAUUGGUUCAUCGGGAUAAUUUAUAACGAAUUAAAACAAUUAAUGAAUCAUUUGUAUUCCUUAUUCGUCACCAAUUUUCUACGCGUUCUUGUUAUAAGUAAGUAUGGUUUAGACGUAAAGUAGUACAAUGGUACAUACAAGUUGAAGCUCAUAACGAGAGUCGUUUGCAACGCAGCCGGUCAUGGAACAAGCUUGCUUACUAACGAUUUUUACAAUCCUAUGCUGUGUCUUCGGGCAUUCGGCAUCGGAAGCUGAUAAUUCGAAAGCAGAACGUCUUUUUUUAACUCCAUACAUACAAAAUGGAACGGCAGAAGAAGCGAGAAAUCGAUCAGAACUCGACUCCACGAAGUUCCUUGAUAUCACCAGCUAUUCUGGCUUUAUCACAGUGAAUAAGGAAUAUAAUUCCAACUUGUUCUUCUGGUUCUUUCCCGCGUCUACAAAUUUGACUACAACGCCGUGGAUAAUUUGGCUACAAGGAGGUCCGGGAUACUCGUCUAUGAAAGGGCUUUUCGAUAUAAUUGGCCCCAUUAAAGUUGAGGAAGGAAAAGUUGUACCAAGAAACAUAACGUGGGCUAGCGACUACUCCCUGUUGUUCCUGGACAAUCCAGUUGGGGCUGGUUUCAGUUUCACAGACGACGACCGAGGCUAUCCGACGAACGAGGAUGAUGUCGGCGCUCAAAUGCUGGAGUUCCUCCAACAGUUCCUGAAGAUGUUCCCCGAACUGCGAUCAGCCCCUCUGUUCAUAGCCGGCCAGUCGUACGCGGGCAAGUACGUCCCCGCUCUCGGCAUACAGAUACACCGGCAUAAUGAGAACAAAACCAACGAGAAAAUCAAUUUGAGGGGUAUAACAAUUGGUAACGGGCUCGUGGAUCUCCGCGACAUGAUGCACUACAGCAGGAUAUGCGCGGCGCUCGGCCUGCUCGACGAACCCCAGCUGGAACACCUGGAGGUGCUGGAGGAACAGGUCGUCAGCCUCAUAGACGAGAAGAAGCUGGUCGAUGCUGCAAAUAAAUUUAAUGAAUCAAUAGAAUUCAUUAAAAAGCACAGCGGGGUCAGCAUAUACAAGUUUACCGAAGAAAGUUCGUCAGCAGCACCUGAAUUUGAAGAUUACAUCAAACGUGAUGACGUCAGAGAGUUGAUUCACGUGGGGAACGCCACCUUCAAUCUCGACAACCAGCUGGUCUAUAAAAAGAUGCUGAAUGACUUUGCUAACACAUCCAAAAAGUUUGUUGAACAACUUUUGGAACACUACGGGGUUAUGUGCUACAGUGGUCAGCUGGAUGUGAUCCUACCGUACUCGGCGUCAAAGCACAUGCACCGGUCGCUGCAGUGGUCGAGGCGGGAAGGAUUCCUUCAAGCGCAGAGGAAGCGCCUGCGCAGACAUUUAAAUGGAUCCGUAGUCGGAUACAAGAAAGCCGGUGGAAACUUGGUGGAGAUAUUAGUGAGAGGGGCUGGCCACUCGGUACCUUCCGACCAGCCAGAUGUGGCCAAAUUCAUCAUGGAUGCUUUUAUACAGGAGUACAAAUAAAUACUUAAAAAUUUAAUAUACAACUUGUGUUUUACUUGAAAUACUUAAAUCAUUUUGAUAGUAACUAUCGUGAAAAUGGUUCAUUAUUAAAUGAUGUAAAGGUUUACUCACGCGUAUUUAUCGGGGUAGCCCGACUCGUUAUAUUAGUAUACACGAUAAUUGCGAAAAUAUAACUUGAGGGUCUGGUAUGGCCUGUGGAGAGAGAGACACACUAUUCUACGCUGUAUCGACGCGAUCCUGUAUUGCUUUGCUGAUUGCCAAACCUCAA